AGGUUGGCUGCAUUGGCAGUUUGCAUGAUCAGCUGUGCUUUACAACAAUAACAUCAACUGAAUUUUAGGUUUCGGAAUGACUAUAAAUUUUAAUAGAGGUCAAAAUUAUUGAUUUAAGUAUAGUAGAAAUAUAAAUUAAUAUUUGCACUUUAUUAUUAGAAUUUCUUUAAAAUCCAGACAUGCUAGAGUAACUUAAAAACAACCUGGUUCACGGGUAUUGAUCUUACCAAAACAUGGCCAAUAAUAUUGCUGCACAAAGGAUUCAGCGAGAAUUUAAAGAGGUUAUAAAAAGUGAUGAGGUGGCGAAAUGUGCGAUAAGGGUUGAACUAGUCAAUGAUAAUUACACAGAACUGAAAGGAGAAAUAGCUGGACCACCAGAUACGCCAUAUGAAGGUGGCAACUUUGUUCUUGAAAUCAAAGUUCCCGAAACAUAUCCAUUCAAUCCGCCAAAAGUAAGAUUCAUAACGAAAAUAUGGCAUCCAAAUAUAUCAUCAGUAACUGGUGCGAUUUGUUUAGAUAUUCUCAGAGAUCAAUGGGCAGCGGCGAUGACACUACGAACGGUGCUGCUGUCUCUGCAGGCUCUGAUGGCUGCCGCAGAGCCCGAUGACCCUCAGGACGCAGUCGUCGCCAAGCAGUACAAGGAGGACCAGGAGAUGUUCCGCCUCACCGCCAAACACUGGACGGCUAAAUACGCUGGAGGUCCUAGUGGGAAUCCAGAUUUCGAGAUGAAGAUCCGUCGUCUGACAGACAUGGGCGUUGAGGAGGAUCAGGCAAGGGUGGCACUAUCUUCUUACAACUGGGAUCUGGAGCGAGCGACCGAGCAACUGUUCAGUUAGUCAUCCAAUCAACACAAUAGUUAUUUAUGAUCACAAGAACAUUUUUAUAAAAGAUGCAAAUUUUAAAUAAUGUGAUUUCAAUAAGAUUUUUCUUUAUUAUAUAAUAAAAAAAUGGUUAGUGUUAUGAAAAGCAGUACACAUCAAUACUGGGAAACAUAUCCUGUGCGGUUGGCUUGUAUGCUUCUCUAUCGUAACUUGUUCUAGAAUUUACCUCUAUUUCUCACCUUUUAUAACAUUAUUUUAAAAUAUUCUUAAUGCAUUGAAUUUAUCAUCUAUUAUUUAAUUCUACGAUAUUUAUACGUCUAAUGUACUAUUUAUUGAAUUCAAUCUCAAAAGAAAAUAUUUUUUUGAUAUUUUGUUUUUAUGAGCUAAUUUUUUACAUCAAAUUAAAGCGGAUAAAAUCAUUUGAAACAUUAUCAUUGUUAUACUUUCUCUGUUAAGUAUUUCAAAUCUUGUCAAACAUGAUUAUGACAGUUUGUUAUUAUAAUAAUUAUGCCAAGAUAUGCUAUAAUUAGAAACUUUUAAUCUAUUUAUUUAUUUUAAUCAAUUCCUCUAGAGUGAACAUGAAAAAUUAAGUUGGUUCUAUGAACUAUUUUUUCGUGAUGAAUAUGUGAAUAAUUCUAGGCGAAUCGUCAUUUUUGAUCUAUGAAAUUAAUAUUUGAAGAAAUUGUACUUAUCGAAAGUAUCUUCAUCAUAUUUUACAUCCGUUCAUGCGGAAUCAUAUUUUUCUUAGUUUAUGCAUUAGAGACUGUUUUUUAGAACUAGUGCUUCCGUUUACUUUCAAACAAUCUAUUGUUGUUAUCAUCAUUAUUAAUGGAAGAAUAAUUUAAUUUUUUCGCAACGAAAACAUUACAUUCAAGGGUUCUGAGAAUCUGAGCAGGCUUUUUUCAUUAGUAGUUUCUUGACUUAUCUAAUGAGCCCUUAAAUGCAUUGAAUGCAAUUGAAACAUCCAUCACCUACUAGAAACAAUCAUCAAUCCGAAUAAAAUUUAUUGGAAACUCACUUCCCAUUAAUUAAAACUUUAGUAAAAAAUAAAAUACACAGGCUAGCUUCUAAAAAUCAUCAAAUGUUGUUGUUCUUAGUUACAUCAAAAAUGCUAUCGAUGAAUGUAAGCUCAUUAAUGCAUCCUUGAUCUGAAACUUGAAUAGACAAUAUUCAUAAAUAUAACGAAUGUCAGUUUUUUUCAAUUUAACUUUGCGCUGAACAGGUUCCAUCUAGUAGCAAAGCGUCGCGUGUUCAAAUUUACUAUAUCUAGCACUCUAAUAAAAGAAGUUCUGUCAAAAGAUACUGCUAAGAAAUGGCACUAUCAAUCUUCUUCACUUGCCAAUAAUUUGCCAUCAAUAAAUAGUUUUUCCAUUUUUGAACCAAUUAACGUAAUUUGCUUUCAAUCCCGUUCACAGGAACGGUAUUGCAACUAAAUUAACUCAAUAUAACAGUCUCAGUGAAUAUAUUAAGUUUUGCAUAAAUCUCUUGAAAAUUAUUACACAAGUAUGGCUUUCAUUGGUGGAGGGAAUGCACACGUACAGUGCAAACAACGUAUAACCAUGCCAUAAAAAAUCUUGUUUUUCUGUCAAUUUCAUUGAUUUAUUUUACAAAACACAAUAAUCAUAAUAUAAUUAUGAAUGUGGAGGAAAAAGUAGGCUGAGCCUAUACAAUUUCUCUUCCAAAUUUUGAUAAAAAGUCAAUGUUGUCCAUUAGAUUCAGUAUUAUAAUAAGAGAAAACAUAGGUAGUUCUCUAUCUUUAUUCUUCUAUGGUUAUAUAAAGCAAAGCCCCUUCCUCUCAACAUCACAGUGUUGUUAUGAAUCACGAAAUUUACACUCACAUAAUAAUGUGUAGCAAAACAUAAUUCCUUCUAUUUAUUGAGAUCUGUGUUUUACAAGACGAGAAAAUUGUUAAUAAUAAUUCUAUUAUAGAUUCGGCUUGUAUUUCUGAGUUAUGAUUGAUUUAUAUAAGAAAUACAAGUCGAAUCUAUUAUAGAAUUGUUAUGAAAAAUUCAACAAUUGCCUUCGAAAUUCCUUAAAAAAAUUAUAGUUUCAAAAUUCUAAAUUCGAGUCAAAGAUGAUAGCAAACAAUACAGAUUCACCAAACUAUCGGGAAUUAAUUUUUAUGUAACUUCUGAAAAUCAAAGAAUGGACGCAUAUAUUUUUCGGUGACUACUUGAUGCAAAAUUUCGUUUUUAAUCAUCUAAGACGAUAAUUAGAAUAAGGCAAUCAAUAAUGAACUCAAUCAUUGUAUUUCUGUAACGUUAUGCAUUCAUUUGUUGCAUUUCAAUAUACUAAUGUAUUCUCGUUUGUUAAUAAUUUAUUUUUCUAAAAUGUCCAUGAUUUGAAAAUAAAUGUUAUUUGAAUAGUUAG